UUGCUAGUGCUGCUUGAAUUUGUCAACAAAGGUGUUGUGGGAGAGGACAGGUUAUUCCUGUAUGACAUGGGGAGGAGCCCACGUAAUGACACACACCUGUAGCGCGUUUCUUUGCGCUCCUCGAGCACGCUGCGCAGAGGAAGCGGAUGCGCGCUUGUUAGGUGUUGUUGUGUUCAUCACGUCGCAGACCUCAUCGGGUCCAUCAUAUCAGCAGGGUGAGUGCCGAUUAGAUUUCAGUAUGCCAACUAACAGACACAGCCCCCCGCCAUACCAGCCAAGGGGUAGUAAACACCACAACAGCAGAUACAGACACAGUGAACUCAUGUCCAACCCAGCUUUUUCCUACUACCCAGGAGAGAAUAUGCUCCACUACUAUCGCUGGAGUUCACCCCCGGGUGUGAUGAAGAUAUUGUGUAUCAUCAUCAUCAUCAUGUGUGUGACUGUGUUUGCCUGUGUGGCCUCCACCUUUGUCUGGGACUACGAUAUGAGCCUCAUGGGUAUGGGAGGUGGCAUUCUUCCAGGUUAUGGAGGCGGUUAUGGAGGCGGUUAUGGAGGCGGUUAUGGAGGCAGUUAUGGAGGCAGUUAUGGUUCCUAUGGAAGUGGAUCAUAUGGAAGUGGUUCCUCUGGCUAUGGCAAUGGAGGGUAUAUGGAUCCCAUGGCUGGCAAAGGCUUCAUGAUUGCCAUCGCAGCCAUUACCUUCAUAGCUGUGCUCGUCAUAUUUGUGUUGGUUAUUUCAAGGCAAAAUGCAGCCCGGUCAGCAAAGUUCUACCUAGGUGCCAUUAUCAUCUGUGCCAUCUUGGCAUUUCUAAUGAUCAUUGCCACUAUUGUGUACAUGGUGGCAGUGAACCCAUCAGCCCAGACCACAGGAUCUGUGUACUACAGCCAAAUCCGCCAGCUGUGUGCCCAGUACCAGACACAGCCCCAGGCCCAGGCCCAGGGCAUCUUCCUCAACCAGUACCUUUACCAUUACUGUGUGGUGGAUCCCCAAGAGGCCAUAGCAAUUGUUCUAGGCUUCUUGAUAACUGUUGGCCUCAUCAUCUUGCUGGUGUAUGCAGUCAAGACUCGUUCCCAGAUGAGGAGAUGGGGCGAAGACCGUGUUCUCUGGGAAGAAGUGAAGGUCCUCAAUGGUGGUACACACAACAGUGUCGGGGAGUGGGUAAAAAAUGUGUCUGGUGACCCAGAGAUACCACUGAAUGACUAUAAUGACAAAGCUAAGGGUUCCAGAGACUAUCUAGACCAGCUUGACAACAACAAGCCUCUUUAUUUGCCUGGAGACUCAGACAUUAGCGGAUCUGUAGGAGGCCUGAAAUCCAGGCCAUGGACCAGGGACUAUGACACUGGUGUGGAGUCUGGAGAUGACCUAGAGGAGGAUGACUUCAACAUUUUGUUUCCUUCCAUAGUGAAUGAGCAAGAACGUUUGCACUACAAACGGGAAUUUGAACGGGAUUAUCAGGAGUACAAGAGCCUGCAGACUGAUCUGGACAACGUAAACCAGGACCUGGUUGACCUGGACAAAGAGCUAGACCAACUCCCUGAAAACAGUCCACAGUUCCUGGAUGCCAUGAAUGAAUACACCAGACUGAAGAAUCUCAAGAAGUCCCCAGACUACCAGGUGAAGAAGAAAAGGUGCAAGUAUCUCAAGUCCAAACUGUCAUACAUCAAGACAAAAGUUGGUGAAUAUGACCGCCGACCUUGAACCUUCAUCUGUGACCUUCAUAAAGGAAUUAGAGAUAAAUCUGCAAUUUCCCACCACGCUGUUUGAGUUUAAACUGUAUGCAAUCACUACAGUGAAAGCCUCUUGCCUCCAUGCUGCAGUAUAUGUGUAUCAAGUCAAUCAAGAUUAUUUCCAGAAGAUAAGGGAUCAAGGAAAUAUGCAUUUUUAAAUCUCAAAUUUAAUGUGGUCUUUAAUCAAUUCUUCCUUUUUUUGAAGAAGAAGAACCGUUUUAGAAGAAAAAUUGUUAUAUGAAAUGUAUUUUAUUGUUUCUCUUCUGUGUUAAUGUUUUUUUAAAGUAUCAGUGACUUUUAUGAAGCAGUUAUUGUGCUUCAUUAAUAACUUUAAGAUGAUGCCUUACAGUUUGUCUGAUGAGACAUGAAUUUGGCAUCAUAGUCACCAGCUAUCACUUGUAAAUGCUUAUUUUUAGUAUUUGUAAACCAUUUUAAUUGUUUGUAAUAAGAUCUGUUCUGUAUUGAGUACUUUUUGUGCUGUCUUCUGUAAAGGAUGAAAUCUCUCACGUCUUGUGAUUUUAAGUUCUUAUUAUGGAACUUUCUUGGUAGGUAUUAAAAGGA